CACUAACGUCAGUUAUGUCCUGGCAGCGACAGACGUCAGCCACGCGAUCCUCACGGUCAACAAUAUCGACGGAUAAUAUCACUCGUGGCUUUGUCAUAUCGAGAGUAGCAGUGAAUAUAUCGAUAUUAUUUUUUAGCACCAGUCGUGGACAACUCGGUUUACGAGUUAUCGUAUGAUGAAGUGAAUGAACAAUUGGGGAGAGUUGGAUAGUCAGAUGAGGAAGAGGAAAAGAAUGAAAGGGAGAUAGUGGUUGGGGCGCGCGAAACCCCGUGGUAUUUCGUAAAAUACGUUAAUUCACCAUCGUAACACAGUUGCACUCGUUUCAAACAUCAGAAUUUACCCACACGUAUCCUCUGAGAAAUGACAUAAUUGCGGCAGUCACGAGGGCUUGCGAAAAAUAAUAACCAGGAGAGGAAUAAGCCAGAGAUUCGUGAUUACUUGUACCUGACGUAGAUAUUUUUUUUCAAACUCUUUGGAUACGUAAUUGAGGGGGAGAAACUUUUGGGUGGUAUUUCAAUCACUUCGUCUUGGGUAUCUGAUGUAGAAAAAGAAGACGUCGAGGAGGAUAAUCAGACUUUUAUUUUUCACUACGAAGAUGAGAAUUUUAACUGAACAACUGUUCACGAGUGAAAUGUGAAUUAUAAAAAUUAGUCUGAAAUGGCUUAUGUACUCUGGCGAGUGUUGACAAAGAAAUAUGCAAAGGUGCGGCUUGGACUGGCAAGUUUACCGGUGAUUCCCGCAGAGCGUCGUGUACCGGGAGACAAGGAGGAAACGUGGACAUUGGCGUCCGAUGUCCCGUUUUCAGAUGCAGGAAAGAUUGAUAAUAAUCACGAGGGUCAGAAUUUCGAUGAGAGCAAGGAUGACGAGGAAUUUGUUGAUGCUAGUGACCUUUCACGGUGUCAGGAGAGUCGAAAAAGUCGUGCCAAGAAAGUCAAGAAUUAUCUUAAAAAAUGCAAGGGAGCACUGUCAUCGGCACGUGAAGAAUCGUCAUCACGUGGACAGAGUAAAAAACAACAACAGUAUCGUAAUCGUCAGAAGAGACACUCGACUUCAUCAUCGUGGUACCUCGAUGACUCGACGCCCUUGAGAGACGAUGGGAAUCAAUCGAAGGAUGCAGCUGUACAGAUUAAAGAGAAUUUACCGACUAGGACGACAUCGUUGACCAGGGAUAUCGAUGAGACUGUAACUAGGACAUCGCCAAGGAGAUUUGGCUCGGAGAGUUUACUCGAUUCCACGGAUAGGAUCACUGAUGAGACCACUGUUGACGUUGAUACACGUGACAGGGGGGUGAUUGAUGGACCGGAACUCCAGGACAAUGACUGUCAUCAAGGGGAUAAUGAGGAGAGGGUUGUGCCUGUUGCGUGUCCAAUUCUCACAGGGAACCGCGGAGAUGUCGCAUCUCUAGUGAGAAACCUCUUGGGCCCAAUAUACGGUGAAAAAGUCUUGGAUCAACUCACGAGACAAGCAAGGGACAUCCUUGUCUGCGCUUAUCAUGGCAACCUCGAGAGCUUUGUCGAGUCUUAUCUCUCACCUGCCUCCGUCCUCCUCGGGAGAGUCAAGAGCACCGUCACCGAAACAGACGACGAGUCACUGCCAGACGGUUGGCCGCUGACGUUGUCAGGUAGAGGUCUAGUUCUUCAGCUUGGUGAACUGGAAUCAUCAUCCUUGAGACACGGCGAGUGUUAUCUCUGUGUGAGAAAUACUGUACCGUCAGAUUCCACGAAGGCCCAAGAGUAUAUCAACGAUAUUGUUGAGAUUGCUCUUGUCUGGAGAACGUCGAUGCGUACCAGAGGAAUACUCGACUGGGAGGACGAGUUCAUAAACAAGGAGAAGGUUGAUGGUGCAAGUAAAAUUCUCGAAGAUACACUGGGUUCGACGCUCGAGCCUCCGCAUGUAUUUUCCCCCCUCACAAUUACCCAAGAGGUAGUGACCGAUGAGGAGUACAAGUUGACUUGUCCAAAGCUACCGACCAUGAGACUGGAUCAACGGCAGACUGGUAGACGCAAGGAGGAGGCAAGAAUGAAGAUAGAGGAUCUGAAAAGGCCAAAUUGCCUCGAGUCUGUUAUCAAUGGCACCAGGUCUCUCGAUUCAUCUCAUGAUGAUUGUCCAGAAGAGCUUGCCAAUCUCAUUGGCACUCUUCUUGUCACUGUUGAACGUAAAAUAGAGCGUGUCAGCCUUGAUGAUAUUAUUUUUCCAUGUCCAGCAUGUAGAAAUAUUGACACUGAUGAUCCAUUACUUGGAUGUAAAUGCAGCGGUAUCGAGGAUACAACUGGCCACAGUGAUGAUCAUUGUGGCUGUGGUAAUGUCAUGGAAAAAUCAAAAACAUUUGAGGUCGCUGGUAUAAAGCACAUUGACAGUGACGACGAGGAAGAGGUCAGAAUGGGCUUUGGGGCAAAGAGACUCGAGGAAGUGCCAUCCCCAAGGUCGAUUCACGAUUUACCAGAACGUGUUCUUCAUUGUGGACUGCGAUUACCAGGAUAUGCGGACGACGCGAGUGGCAGGCUCGUGCUGGAGUUUGAGAAUGAGACAACGGGGAGGGAAAAAAUUUGCCCGAGGGAAAUUGCAUCAUACCUUUUGUACCUCGCGAGACUACACAGCUCUGAUCGUACGAAGAACGGAUGGACACUAGUUAUUCGAGGAGGUAAUGAGGAGGAUCUGGAAACAUUAGACAGAGCACUUGUACUUGUACAGGGUCGUGUACACGUGCGUCUCGCUCUGUUACUGCGAAAUAAUCAGGACCAGUCUGUCGACUCGCAAUUUCCCCGGAGUCACGUCAAGAUAUCGAGCGUCGAUGACGCCACGAUUAAUCGAAGAUUCCCGCGGAGGAGGGACUCAUUCGAUCAGGACCAGUGGAUUGCUUUCUACAAGGAAUACGACUCUUUAAUGUCAGACUGGCAAGCCUCGGGUCGUCGCCUAGUGCUCGAAAUGUCGGAAUUAAAAGACUGCACUAAUGUAGGCACCUCCCUGACCCCCCUGAGUCGUCUUCUGACCGAGUCAUCGUCAGUGAGGACCACCAGAGAGGCGAGUGAGGCACUGUCUUUGCUCGAGGAGCGUGCUGCUCCACUGUCACACCUGGAGUAUACAGUGGGUGCAGUGAAACGUGCGAGACGACUAAUGGACGAGGUUGGAAAUGCAGCAACACGACUCGAGAGUUCAUUCGAGACGCGUCGUGCUACCAUAAGAAAUUUGGCUGUUUUACGAACGAUUGAGGAACAAGCGAGGGAGGUACUUUCUUGGCUCUGCAAGAAGGGAGAGGAUGUACUUGCAAAACACGGCAGACACACGGCAACGACCCUCACAGCAGCACGUCUGCACGAGAGGGAUUUUGAGAAGUUCUAUUUUGCAUCUAUGAGACAUCUGGAUAAGGGUAGUGAUCUGGCUGAGGCAGCUGGUACGAGUGGUCUCGAUGAAUUGGCCAGAUCGUUGCGGGAACAUCUCCGGGAUUUUGGCUCGAGACUUGAUGAACGUCGUGAAAAUUUAGAAGACACUUCACGAUGCUGCCUCUUGCAGGAUCGUGCUCAGGAGUGGGCACACGAGGCGAGAAAUUCGGUGGAACGGGCCAAUCAGAAAUUUUACGCACAACCACCACCACCUCUUCCAGCCGAACACUUUGCCGAGAUGAUGAGCCUAGCGGAAAAGCUGGGUAAUGAGACGCUCAUCGAGCAGUGUCGAAAUGUCAUAGGCAAAUGCCAGGAAAUUGCGGAAUUAAUGAGGUCACACUCAACACCAGAUAGUCCUAGUGGUCGUAGAAGGUCUUUCGCCACUUCGGAAUCAGCUGCCGAGUCUAACUCGUGGGAUGAUAGUGACAGUAAUGCGGGAUCUUGUCCCAUUGAAAGUCCUGCAGGUGCAAGUGGUGGCUCACGUCCAACAUUGGAUAAUAUUGCGGAGCUCGGUGAGAGUGGGCAUGAUCAACAACUUCUGGAAACACCUCCUCGCAGCCCCUCCAGGAGUCCAGCUGGUAAUAGACGCCUGGGAAAGCCACCUGUUAAUUCACACCUCCAGAGAUCACCUAGUAUUGCGCCUGCGGGCAUGAAAGCCAAGAAAACCAUUCUACUGAUAAUGAGGGAAAUGAUACAGACUGAGAGAGAUUACGUCAAGUCCCUGGAGUACAUCAUAGAGAACUAUAUUCCAGAACUGGUUAGGGAGGAUAUACCCCAGGCAAUGAGAGGGCAGAGAAAUGUUAUAUUCGGCAACGUUGAGAAAAUAUAUGAAUUUCACAGUCAACAUUUUCUUCGUGAACUUGAACAGUGUGAACACAGUCCCAUGAUGGUGGGACAGUGUUUCCUACGUCAUGAAAAUAAAUUUUAUCUCUAUGCACUUUAUAAUAAGAAUAAACCAAAUUCAGAUUCACUUAUGGCUGAGUAUGGUACGAGUUUUUUUAAGACAAAACAACUCGAACUCGGCGACAAGAUGGAUCUCGCUAGUUAUUUGUUGAAACCAGUCCAGCGUAUGGGAAAGUAUGCUCUGCUUCUUCAACAAUUAGUCAAAGCAGGCACUGACCUAUCCGAACAAAUGGCGGGGAAGGGUGACAAAGGAUCGACGGAGGAGAAUAAUGGUGUCAGGCCGAUUGUUGAAGGUGAAGCUGAGCUCAGGGCUGCCGAGCAGAUGGUGCGUUUUCAACUGAGGCAUGGAAAUGAUUUGCUCGCUAUGGAUUCACUUCGUGAUUGCGAUGUGAAUGUGAAGGAGCAGGGUCGACUUCUGCGCCAAAACGAGUUCCUAGUAUGGCAGGGGAAAGGUAAAAAAUGCCUGAGGCAAGUGUUCCUCUUUGAGGAUUUGAUACUAUUCAGCAAAGCACGACGAUUUCCCGAUAGGAAGAAUCUCGAUAUUUACAUUUACAAGCACAGCAUCAAAACUACUGACAUCGGUUUGACAGCUGUUAUGGCAGAUUCGCCCACAAAAUUCGAAAUCUGGUUCAGAAAACGAAAACCUGGUGAUACUUACACACUUCAGUGUGCUAGUGAGGAUAUUAAAAAGGCAUGGACCGAAGAAUUGAGCAAUUUGUUGUGGAAACAGGCGCUUCGUAACAGAGAAGUGCGCCUUGCGGAGAUGUCGAGCAUGGGAAUCGGGAAUAAACCGUGUCUGGAUAUUAGACCGAGCGCUGACCAAAUCAAUGACCGAUCCAUUAGUGUUGCGCAACUAUCAAAAACCCCGAGAUUUAGGAACUCAAUAGCAGUGUCGAUAUCAGACGACUCUAGCCGCUGUAGUAGACGUCCUCAUAGUGUAAUAUCAGUGAGCUCUUCAUCGAGUAGUGGCGGAAGCAGUGCUGGGCCACCCACAGCUUUGCAUCUAGGCUUAGAUGCUAGUCCAAGACUUCAUCACCGCAGUACCACUUUAAAUAGCCAAUGUAGUGUGGAAAGUGGUAUUAUCGCUGACAUUUCAAUAACUUCGGACGAUGGAGUGGACAGUGGUGACAGGAAUCAUUGGAAAUCAACACUGGAGAGUCCAACAUCCUCCAAUCCGCCCACCACCUCAACACCACUUCAAUCACCAACGAGUUCUCAUGCACCUGUUGUUCCAUCCACUUCCUCAUCUUCCACAGACGUUAAUCUAACUCCUUAUGAUCAAGAAAUGUCCAUAAAUUUGUAAACUCUAAUAUAAUCAACAAAAAAUCAACGGAAAAAAAAAUCGAAAAUAUUUCUGUAAAACUUGUAGGAAAACUUAUUAAGUAGUUCUGACACUGGCCUGUAAGCGCAAAAGCCAAAUACUUUUAUUAUUCAUUUCAUUUUUUAUUCGAAUUUUAUAUGAUUUACUUGUUUUUUUUUUCUUGUAAUUUAGGCUCUCGUGUGAAAGUUUUGGAAUGGCUUGACAUUUUUUAUUGAAUUAAAAUCGUUUGAUAUCAUUAAGCCAAUCGCAAGACCAAAACACGUGAUGACUUACUUGAAUUUUUUCAAUUGGAUAAAAUCCUUAUGAUUUUUAAAAAUUAUCCAAGUAAGUCAGGCAGAAUUGUGGCCUUCAAUUGUCACGGUCGUCUGCCAGGGUAUUGCCAGUGAUACCCCAUGGACAGUGGCCUGCAGUUUUCAUUAUUUUUCUUGUACAUUUUCGUUUUUUUUCUCUCGUUCAUUGCAAAAAAUGCUUCUGGCACUUGUGUUAGAUGAUUCUAAUCUAGCACUAUGGAAGAUCAUUUGGUACAAUCGGCCGUUCUCCCUCAUCCUAAAGCUACUGAUGUUUCGAGUAUAAAUAAUUAUUCUCCUUUGCAUAACAAUUUUGUUGAGUUAACUUUCAAUUCUCAAGAUGAUUUAUAGGAGCUGGGGAAUUCUGCCAUAACAAUUGUACCUUCCUUUUUUUUACAUAUUUGUAAUCACACAAGUCAUACCCCUUCUCCCCUUUGCCCUCAAUCUUCAGAUAUUUAUUAAUAUAUAUUUUUUUGUAAGAACUUCGUUAUCAUUACAUCAAAAAAUUUUGGAUUGGAGUUAGGAGGUAAUAAGUGCGGGACUGAUGUCGAUCAAAUUAUCGGCCCUUGUGCUUUUUUAUUAUUCCAUCAGGAAAAAAUUGAUAAACAAUGGUACUUAACAUUUUAAUAACAAUCAAUUAAAUCUGUACAUAUAUUAUAAUUAAAAUGACGAUUUAUUUCAGUAUUGUA